AUGGGGAAGAAAAGCAUUGAGCAGUCCUCUUCUGGUUCAUCGAGUGACGACGGCUCCAAGUCAGUCAUCUCCAAGGCGGAGUCUCAGCCUCCAUCUGAGGCUGCCCUUCCCUCUGAGCUGUCGGACACUAAGCCAUCGGUCAAGAAGAAGAAGUCCGCCGAAAAGGACUCAAAGAAAGCUGUCAGCCAAAAGUCCAAAUCAAAGAGUUCGGAUAAGAAAAGCAAGUCAAAGCAGAAGAAGUCAGAGAGUAAAAAGUCAAAGUCGAAAAAUAAGCAAAGCGUCUCAAAGAGCAAAACUAAAUCUGACUCAAAGCGAAAGUCGGCAAGCAAGCACAGCAAGCCAAAGGUGCCUCAGGAUCAAAAGUCAUCGAAAGGCUCAUUUUCAUCAUCACAGAAGCUCUCCGCUCAGUCCUCUGAAGAUGGGUACAAGAUAAAGGCGAAACCAGAGACCAAAGAACCCAAAGGGAGCAACAAAGACGCGAAAGUAAGCAAGCACUCUGGCGGCAGCAGUAAGAAGUCCAGUUCGAAGCACUCGAAGCAUUCAAGCAAAGGCAGCAAGGGAAGCAAGGUGAUCGACCCGGCGUCCUUGUGCACGAUGACCUCCAAGGAGGUGGAGCUGGUGAGCAAGAACGUGCGCAAGGUGAUGGAGACAAAGGGAGCUAAUGUGGUGACCAGUGAGGCGGCCAUGGAGGCGUCGGGCUACACCGUCGAGGGGCCGAAGAUCUUCUCCAGCGACUACUCGACGGUGCUGCGCGCGAAGAAGGGCACGGGGAAGAGUCUGGUGGUGAAGGUGAUCAACCUGGCGGAGUGCAGUCCGCGCAGCCGCUCCACACUGCUCAAGGACUCGGUGCGCAUCAUGCGCUACAUCAGCGGCGCCGGCAGUCGCACCCACGAGCCGCUCGCUUCGGUCUUCGUCCCUGUAGAGGACAUCUUCAACGUGGCCGGGAUGCGGCUCUUCAUCUUCAUGGCCACCUGUGACUCGAACAAGUCGCUGUACGACAUGGUCAAGGCCAACCAGAGCCUGACGCCGGCGGACAUUCGCACCUACUUCAAGUCGGUGGCCACUGGGGUGCACCAGCUGCAGCAGAUCGGCGUCGCCCACCGCGCCAUCAAGCUGCAGCACAUUCUCUUCGACUCGGUGGGCAACGCCAAGCUGGUCGGCUGGGGCAAGUCGGUCUUCUACUUUGACUCGCCCAAGAAUCGCAUUCAGCUGCAGCGCAAGGAGCGUCGUGUUCGUCGCAAUUACCACCUUCCACCGGAAGCCUUCAUGGACUCCUACAACCCGGCUAAAGCGGACAUAUGGUCGCUGGGCGUGGCUCUCGUGGCCAUGGCCACCAAACGCUACCCUUUCAAUUGUCGCGAUAAAAAGACCAAGUUCUCCUCGCAGUGGCGUGAGUUUAUCAAGAACCACGAGCUGAACACCAGAGUUCGCAACAUCUGCCAUAACAUCUUUGCCAUCAAUCCCAAACUGCGCAUUUCCAGCAAAAAACUACUGGAGCACCCCUACUUCACUGCUGACGUCGAAGAGCUAAAAGUGGUCAACUGCAAGGGCUACUCUGGAGAGGUACGCGAAGACUCUCGAGUGGGCGGCUUGUCCACUAUUGGCAUGAAGGAGACUCCUGCCGCCGAAGAGCCAGCCAAGGAGAAAGCCAAGGAGAAGACCAAGGAGAUCGCCAAAGAAGCCGCCGCUAAAGAGCAGACCAAAGAGCCUGCCCCUAAAGAGACAGUCAAAAAGGCAACUGCUGAUGAUGCGGCUGUGAAGAAGGCGUCCGAGCAGAAGAAGGAGGACGUCGCCGAGGAGGCGAUCAACUGGGAGGAGGUGCAGAAGGAGGACAAGAGCGGCGUCGAUGAGAACGCCACUGGCUUCGAGGGCGGCAACGUCGGCGAAGAGGAGAACCUGCCCCCAGCAGAGCAGGUGGUCGAGUCGCAGGUGGCGGAGAACAACGCCCCCGAGGAGGCAGAAGCAGAGGCACAGCCAGAGGAGGGCGAGGUCGUCGAGACAGCCGAAGCGGGAGCCGAGGCUCCCGAAGGCGGCGGCGGCGGCGCAGCUGCUGACGCUGCUGCUGUUCCUCCUGCCAAUGAAACCGCCGAGGGCUAG